AUGGGGCUUGAUAAUCCGACAGUGGUCACAGGUCAGAACGUUCAAUUCAGCUACGAUAUGGCAUCGUCAAGCAAAAAGAGUCGGAAUAAAAAGAAGAAGAGCAAGCCGUCGAUAAAGGAGCCCCAGAGCGCACCUCUGUUGGCUGUGGAGACAGAGAGCGUCGAGGAGACGCAUCCACAGGCAGAGCUGUAUGAUAGCGAGGCAGAUUACCCGAGCUCGCGCGUGAUUCGCCGGGCUGCAAACGGCGAUGUGAUCGUGGAAUCACUGAAUGAGGCCGGUAGUGGCGUGCAGGCACAACAGGCGCAGCAACAGAAGCACAGUGCAAUCUCCAGCAAGCUAGUUGCUCACUGGGAGUCACUGUCUCCGGAAGAGAAGCGCAAAAUUCUGAGUAUCAGCAAGGAGGAGGUGUUCAGCGUGACGAAGAGCUACCAGACGUUACACAACUGCAAUUGCACGGUGUGCGGAAGGCGGCACGUACCGAUGGAGCAGGAACUGGAGUCGAUAUACAACCAACUAUACGAGAUGGCUAGACAGGACAACCCCAACUCUGAUUUUGUUCUGUUUCACCUGAAUCUGAUAAAGGAACUACAGCGUGGCACGUCUAGCGGAGCAGAGCAACGCACAGCCUCGCUGCAGUCUCGAGGAGCUAGUUUUCUGGAUAAUAUGCGAGAUGAGGCGGUCAAGUAUUGUAUAUCUAACGAGGGCGUUGACAGAUUAAAAGAGGAGGUAUUACAGUUCAAACACAACAAACAGCGGCAGUAUUCCGAACAGCAGAGGAAGCAGCAACUUCCACCAGUCCAUACCCAUAACAGCCCGUCAGACUCUCCUAGUAUUGACGAACUUCCCGAGCGAGAACAGGAAUCUUUACUCCAUACGUUACCUGAUGAGUUAGGCCCAGAUAGUUCUGAGGUCAACGAACAACUGCGGGAAAAGUACCUUAAGUUCGCCAAAACGUUUGUUUCCUCCCACCCCAAGAUAGCGCAGGAGUAUGUGAACCGAAUGAUGAUGUACCCUGACAUGCGCGCUUUAACAGAAGAUUUGAUAAAAAAUAAUGGCCAGGAUUUUGUAAAGGCUAUGGAGGCAUUUGUCUCUUCUCAACAGGAUGGCCCCUUACCUGGCUCCCCUGAACAUACCAAGCUUACCGCAGAACAGUUUCAGGAGCUGCAAAAACAGCUGGUUGAGAAAGCUGGUUUAGAUAUGUCCCAAAGUCCAGUGCCCACUAAUGAUGACCCACCUCAAGACUGUACUGAUACGGAUGAAAUUGACACCGACUUACGGGGGCGUGUUCUAUUGAAGCAGUUUAUGGCGGGUGAAAGUAUAAUCAAUCAGGCCUUUAAGAGUUUGCAAGGUAGCAAUAAGAACCAGUUGAAGAAAUCAGUAUCACAUUCUUCCCAAGGACUUCCUGAAGAUUCGGAAUAUGAUGAAGAUCUGAACUAUUCAGAUAGCUAUGAUGACGAAGAUUCACCAUAUGAUGACGAUGUAUACGAUGAUAAUGAUGCUGAAUCCUACGACGAAGAUGACGAUAGCCAUCAUAAGCACCAUCAUCAACAACAUCUUCAUCACCACCAUCGUGAGCAGGAUGCCGAAGCAGAUGACUAUGAUAGCGAUAUAGAUCAGCAAGAAAGGCUAGAGGAGGGUAGAGGAUUGAUCCAGAUAGCCAUCACGAAGUUACUGCAAAGGAAACUAAUUGUCUCAUAUCAGGAAAAACAGGCGGAAAGGAACAGGGAAAGACUAUUAUUGGAGUUGGAAGCAGAAGAACAACAGAAGAAGGAAAAGGAGGAAAAGAAGCUGAAGAAGAAGGAAAAGGAGAAAGAAAAGAAGAGACAGAUGCAAUUGGCUAAAGAGGAGGAGAAACGGAAGCAAGUGGAAGAAGAGGCUCGCUUAAAGCAGGAAGCGGAGGCCCGCGAGAUGCAGAGGAGAGAAAACCAAAGGAAAAAGGUGGAAGAGGCAAAGAGAAAGAAAGAUUUGGAAAUGAGGAAACGGUUAGAGGAACAAAGACGCCGGGAAGAAGAGCAGGAGCGUCAAAGGAGAAUGAAAGAAGAAAUAAAGCGCAAGCGUGAUCAGGAAAGAAAACAGCGAGAAGAGGAACAGAGGAAAAGGAAACAGGAGAAAGAAUUGAAGAAGCUACAGAGCUUGGAAGUGAAGAAGAAACGAGAAGAAGACGACAAGCCUACAGAAGAAUCAAGCCAAGAGGAUAACCUGCAUAAAGAAAAUAUUUCCCAUGAUCUAUUGAACCAGUUGGCCCACCCAGCAGGUGGUGUACCGUACGGUAUAGUGCCGGUCAAGCAGGAGAUGUCGGAAGAAAAAACGGUUAACGAUGACAUAUUUAAUAUGAUCAACGAGGCGACAUCCAAGUCCAUCUCUACCUCAAAGUCCAUCUCUACCUCUCCAUCACACUUUAACGCUCUUCUGCAGAAAGGUAUACCUCGGAAGUCGAUAGAUACCUCGUCCAUCGGUCUUAAUUAUGCUUCUGCACAAGCGGCUCUGCCGCAGCCACUGAGUUUUCCUGUUGACUUAACGGAGGCUUUAGGUUUUGCUCAGAAAACGCAAGUACAGACAUCUAUUUCUGGUCCGCCAGGGCUAUCUAAGAACACAGCAGCCAGUUCGUGGGAUAAUGUUCCGGGUUACGUUCAAUUGUCUCCCAAGUCUGUAACUCAAAACCAUUCAAACGUCCAAGUCCAGACAACACCGCACGGUAGUGUGCCUGGACAACACAGAGCCAGUUAUUCGACUUUCGGCGCAUCUGUGGAUCCUAAUGACACGUUUAGUGGCGACCUUACAAACCUGACUAAUUUCUUGGUGCAGACAAAACUCGAAGAUGUGUCCACUAGCGCCCCCUUACACUCUGUUUCCUCCUCUACUACGGCACUGCCCCGUGGAGAGACUUCUAUAUAUGGCAACAAUUUGUGGAAUAAUGAACAACCGCACAUAGGCAGCCUCAUCUCAAGCCACGCUAGUGGGCCUUCUACACAGGCCCCUCUUCAUCCCCGGCGGUCGAUAUGGGAUAACAACGCCUCGGUGAACAACUACGCAGCCGACCUUUGGGGUAAUACUUCCUCGAAUUCCACGCCGAUCGCUCCAUCCACUGCCGUGGCCUCGUCAAUGGUCUCAGCCCACCAGGCUUCCGCGACAGACGUGAUAAUACAGGCCUACACGCUUCUGUCCACCAGUGGUGGCUUUGUUCCGAUCGAUGUACUGUAUCAGAACUGUCUGUCGUAUCUCACGGACAAGGGCAGCUUCACGUUCGGCCAGUUUGUCGGCCAGCUACUGGCCCUGCGGAAUGCCAAUGAGUGCGAAGUGCUCAGCAACGACGUGGGCAUGAUGACACACUGCCGGUUCACCACUCCCCAGCUACAGUCGACACUGUACGCCCCGGCGGCAGCGCCCGGCGGCUCGGACUUGCCGCCUCGGCAGCCAUCGAAGGGCCUUUUCAGCGACCCCGUGAGCACCAGUACCGUGGGUCUCACCACGAUCCCUGUGCUGAGCACCAGUACCGGCUCCACGUCGUCGGCCACGCCCACCGGCUCAAUUGCCCUGGGCCAGCCGUCCAGCGGCCAGUCCAAUUUCUUCGACUUCAACCAACAACUCGCCCAACCCUCCAGGGCAAACAAUAUCUGGGGCUGA